UGAAAAUGCAACCGAAUGGAUGAAUAAUGCAAUCCAUCCAUGGCCGUCUCCAUCGCCAUCCCCAGCUAACCACUCCCGCCUUGCCCUGCUAACCAAUCCGGCUGAAGUAACCGCCGCUUCAUUUUCUUCUCCACAUGUUCUUCUGUUUGUCUCCCGAGAAAAAGGUUCAGAUGGUCUGAUUUUGUCUGUAUGCGUUUGCUCCGUUGAAUUCUAUUCAAUUGGCCGGAGAAGAUAUCCGUGGGGAGAAAGAAAUGACUCGGUUCCGACCGACAUCUCCGUCGGCACCAAUUUCGCCUUCGAUCAACGACGCCGCAGCUCUGAUUCCCGGCCUUCCGAACGAUGUAGCAGCGCAGAUACUAUCCAUGCUCCCUUACUCUCACCACUCCCGUCUAAAGUCCACCUGCAGAUCCUGGUGCAUCUUCCUCUCUUCCGAAACCCUAAUUUCCCUUCGCCGCCACCUCCGCAAACUCAGCAACCUCCUCUGCAUCUUCCCGCAGGACCCUUCCAUCUCGUCUCCCUACCUCUUCGAUCCUCGGACCCUCGCAUGGAGGCCCCUCCCGCCCAUGCCCUGCAACCCCUACGUCUACGGGCUCUGCAAUUUCACUUCCGUCUCCCUCGGCCCUCACCUCUAUGUCCUCGGAGGAUCCCUCUUCGACACCCGUUCCUUCCCCAUUGACCGGCCUUCCCCAUCAUCCGCCACUUUCCGGUUCAAUCUCGUCACUUCCACCUGGGAUCAGCUGUCACCGAUGCUCUCCCCUCGUGGCUCCUUCGCUUGUGCAGCGGAUCCUGGAUCGGGGCAGAUAAUUGUGGCCGGGGGAGGGUCGAGGCACGCGAUUUUCGGUGCUGCAGGGAGCCGGAUGAGCUCGGCGGAGGUGUAUGAUGUUGUGAGGGAUGAGUGGGUGCCCAUGGAUGGACUGCCCAGGUACAGAGCAGGCUGCGUGGGUUUCUUGGGUGGUGGUGAUGAUGGGGAACAGAAGAAGUUCUGGGUGAUGGGAGGGUAUGGAGAAUCGCGGACGAUUUCGGGCGUGUUUCCUGUGGAUGAGUACUAUAAGGAUGCUGUGGUGAUGGAUGUGAAUAGUUAUGGGACUGGUAAGUGGAAAGAGGUUGGGGAUAUGUGGCAGGAAGGGGAGCGAGCAAGGCUUGGCAAGGUUGUCACCGUUGAGGACGAUGGUAAUGGCUGCCCUGCUGUUUUCAUGCUUGACGAGAAUGAUAUCUUCAGGGGCACCACACGUGACGGAAACUGGAUGGAAAACUCAUGGAAGGACACCUAUAUCAACAUUUGUACGACAUGACUUGUAACCGUUGGCACAAAGAGACCAGCGUACCACGAAAAGCACCUCUACAUUCUUCUUUUGGCUUCAUUGUGCUGGACAAGGAGCUUCACAUUAUGACGAUUCUUAAAGGGUCGGAUUCAACAGAGACACGGAGGACAAGACAGCAGAAGAGGGCAGGGACACUUUUCAUCCAAAUCUACAGUCCUGGGAAGAAGACUUGGAGGUCACUCAUCGCCAAGCCACCAUUCCAGUCGCCGCUGGACUUCAAUACCACUGUUAUGUGCUCGAUUCAAAUGUAGAGCUGCUGCUGCUGCUGCACCUUACCGCAGGCUGCAGGAAGGUAUCGGUUGCAUCAUAUAAUUGCUGGAUCCUAAUGAAGAUUGUGCUUGCAUAAAACACUUGAUUGUUGUUGUUGUUAUUGCUGUUGUUACCAUCGUGGCGUAGGCCAUUCGUUGUACAGAUUGAUAGGGAGGUGGGAUGAAAUCUGAUUUUUGCUGCAGCAGAUCAUUUUGCAAAUGCGAUUUGAAGAAUUGAAUGGGUUGUACAUGUCUCUCAUUCAAGAACAGUGAAAAUAAGGUCUGUGUUAUGUGUUUGCUUCAAAGAAAGAGAUAUAGAGAAAGAAGAGUUGCUUGUACUUGUUAACUUCCUGGUCAGGCAGGGUAGCAACAGAGAACUGGUCUUGUUAGGCUUUAGCUGAGACCGGGUUCGUGCUUUCUUUGAAUGAGAAACCUUGACCACUUUGGCUUUGAC